CCUUAUGUAGAGAGAAUAAAUUCUGCAACUUUGUGCUUUGCAACAUCCCCAUUUGGCCGUGCCGGACUUCAUGCACAUGUGGAUAGGGUGGUGGUGACCUGUCAUAUGAAGUCAAAUAUUUUGGUUUGGAACUGUGAAUUUACUCAAUUGUCCUUGGAACCAAAUACACUUCACAAAUGCCCUCAAAACACACUGUACAAUGCAGUUAAAAAAAAAAAAAAACUGGCACUUUCCGAGUGGAUUUUAACUGGAGGGUAAUCUGGUAACUUCAAACAAAAUUUUGUCAUUACUAUCUCCCCCAUACCUAAUUUCACUGGUUCCUUCACACCUCUCCAAUUAUUUGUGUCCUUUAUGAAAGCACACAUAUAUCAGACCAAGCUACCGUUGCCCGUCCAAACCCAAAACUCAUAAUUCCGCUCCCCACAAACUACUAAGGCCCCGCAUAACUCCCAAACACCAUGCGAAGCGACCAAGAAAUUUCCCGCAUGCAAGCCUACCUCACAGACGGCGAACCCGAAAGCGAAGAAGAAGAAGAAGAUGAGGAAGACGAUCAGGAACAAGAAGAUGAGGAAGAAAGUGGAAGUAGUGGCAACUACAACUGUUUGCACAGCACCUGCAGUACCCGGAGGAGGAGCCCGGGUUGGUCGCUGGGCCAAGUACUUGACCCAAGAGCCAAAUGGGUCCAAGAAUGGAACAGGGUUUUCCUGCUCGUCUGUGCAACGGGGCUCAUCAUAGACCCUCUUUUUUUCUACGCCCUGUCGAUAAGCAGCAACUGUAUGUGCCUGUUUGUGGACGGGUGGCUGGCCAUAACGGUGACGGUGCUCCGGUGCAUGACGGAUGUUUUGCACGUGUGGAACAUGUGGUUGCAGCUGAAGAUGGCCAAGCGCUACUCCUUCACCGCCAUGGUUGGUGGUGCCGGCAGGGAAGGUGGAGGAGCCAAUGGGCUGCGUGACACAAGUGCAAGGUCUGUGGCUCUCAAGUACUUGAGGUCCAAGAAGGGGUUUUUCUUUGACCUCUUUGUCAUUCUCCCCAUACCCCAGAUAAUAUUAUGGGUGGUAAUUCCUACGCUAUUGGAGAAAGGAUCAGUGACGGUAGUGAUGACAGUGUUCUUGAUGUUUUUCUUCCAAUAUCUCCCAAAGAUUUAUCACUCUGUUUGCCUCUUGCGUCGAAUGCAAAACCUCUCUGGCUACAUCUUUGGAACUGUUUGGUGGGGAAUUGCACUCAACUUGAUUGCUUAUUUUGUUGCUGCCCAUGCUGCAGGAGCAUGCUGGUACUUGUUAGGGAUCCAGAGGGCAGAGAAAUGCCUGAAAGAGCAAUGCAGAGAAAUAAGUGGCUGCAGCUUGAGAAUAUUAUCUUGCAAAAACCCUAUUUACUAUGGAGCAACAAACCCACUGAGAGACAGAGCAAGACUGGCAUGGGCUGACAACAAAAGAGCAAAAUCUACAUGCUUAGAAAACGCAGAUCAUUACGACUAUGGAGCUUAUUCAUGGACUGUGCAGCUUGUCACAAAUGAUAGCCGCUUGGAAAAGAUACUUUUUCCCAUCUUUUGGGGCCUAAUGACUCUCAGCACAUUCGGGAACUUGGAAAGCUCAACUGAGUGGUUGGAGGUUGUUUUCAACAUCAUUGUUCUAACCAGUGGGCUCCUUUUGGUCACUAUGUUGAUAGGAAACAUAAAGGUGUUUUUGCAUGCGACAACUUCCAAGAAACAAGCAAUGCAAUUGAAAAUGAGGAACAUAGAGUGGUGGAUGAGGAAGAGGCACUUGCCUCAGGGGUUUAGGCAUCGGGUGCGAAACUACGAGCGGCAGCGAUGGGCAGCCAUGCGUGGUGUCGACGAAUGUGAGAUGAUCAGGAACCUCCCUGAGGGCCUCAGGAGGGACAUCAAGUAUCAUCUCUGCUUGGAUUUAGUGAGACAAGUACCAUUGUUCCAGCAUAUGGAUGAUCUAGUUCUUGAGAAUAUUUGUGACCGUGUGAAGUCUCUUAUAUUCCCCAAAGGAGAAACAAUAACCAGAGAGGGAGACCCGGUUCAAAGAAUGCUUUUUGUAGUCAGGGGUCACCUUCAAAGCAGCCAAGUUCUGAGAGAUGGUGUGAAAAGUUGCUGCAUGUUAGGCCCUGGAAACUUCAGUGGAGAUGAGCUCUUGUCAUGGUGCCUCAGAAGGCCCUUCAUAGAAAGACUGCCACCCUCUUCCUCAACCCUAGUCACACUUGAGACCACAGAGGCAUUCAGCCUCGAAGCAGACGAUGUGAAAUAUGUGACACAACAUUUUCGGUACACAUUCGUGAACGAAAAGGUUAAGAGAAGUGCAAGGUACUACUCACCGGGUUGGAGAACUUGGGCUGCUGUGGCAAUUCAGUUGGCCUGGAGGAGGUACAAGCACCGGUUAACGCUCACUUCGCUGUCUUUUAUAAGGCCUAGGAGACCUCUGUCAAGGUGUUCUUCACUUGGGGAGGACAGGCUGAGAUUAUAUACGGCUUUGUUAACUUCUCCAAAGCCAAAUGAUCAAGAUGAUUUUUUUUAUUGAUUA